AUGAAUUAAGAAGAAAUUUUCCAAAAAGAAGAAGAAAGAUUUGUAAAUUUGGGGAAAUAAUUUUGCCCUGAACAACCUACAAACUUUAAAUCUGGGUUUAUUCCAAAAUUUUUAGAAUUUUAUGUUAAAUCUUAAAUGAGAGAUAAGUGUGCACAACUAAUACCUGUAAAUUCCCUUACAAACAGCCCAUUGCGAUAUAUAUUUAAUAAUUUCGAUAUAAAUCUCUUAUUUCCAUAAAGAAAAUGGGAAUUUACAAUGACAGAAACCUUUUUAGAACAAUUUAAGUUCGAAACUAAUGUGCUGUUUACAAUGCACUCUAUUUUAUAAGGAAAUUUUAAAAAGUAACCUUCGAAAAUCAAUUUAUCUUAAUAAACUUUACCAAAUGUAGAAUUUUAUCUUAUAUUUGAUUGCAAAAAUAAUCGAAAAGACUCAGUCAUUGUGUAAAUAAUUCCAAAAUAAAAAUUUACUUUAAAUUCAUAAAAUCAACUUCAAACCCUUGAGUAUGUUCAAUAAAUGGUCUUUAUAUGUUUAGGAAAAUAUGAUUAUGACAAGCCCCUUAGAAAAUAUGAAAUUCAUUAAGAAGAAGAUCCUUUUCUGUUAGAAGAACUUAGUUUAAUAUAAGAAAUCAAAAAGCCUAAAAUGUAAAGUUAGUCUAAAGAACAGGAUUCUUUCACUUUCCAAGAUUUUAAUAAUCCUAAAAGCUACAGGAUUCCAAAUUUUUAGGCAGAUAAAUAUGUAUUCAACCAAAAUUAUCAGAGAUGGGUGAAAAAAUAAAAUUACAAUGAUUAUAAAAAAAGAAAAUAAACAUAGAAUGAUUUAAAAGGAUCUUACUUUUAAUUGAAAAAAUACCUUUUUACUCCAAAUUUUUAAUAAUAUAGGAAUUUACUAAAGAAUAUUAAGAGUGAAAAUUUUACAACAAAUAUGGAAUAAUUUGAAGCCAUAGCCAAAUAAGGUGAUACAAUUUUAAUUGGUAGAAGUGGAACCGGUAAAACUACUAUCUCAUUGUUGAAAUUAUUUAUUACUGAUGCAAUUUUCAUGUUGAGAUAGAAUCUUGAUCUUGUCUAAGAAUCUAAUUCUAAAAUUAACUUGUAAUACACUGACUAAUUGUCAACUGGAAUUUAAUUGAAAACUUUAUUUUUAACAUCCAGCCCUUUGUUAGCUUAAUAAAUUAAAUAAAAGUAUGAUAAUCUAGUCAAAAAUGUUCAAUAGACUUUAAGGGAAAAGAAUAAAGUAUAAAAGUUUUCAGAAUAGCUAAAAGAAAACCUAGAUGAAAGUACUGUUCAGAUUCUAGAUGUAUUAGAAGAGGAAGAAGAGAACGCAAGUUAAUUUCAAAUUGAAGAUGAAGAGGAAAAUGAAGAAGACAUUGAUUAAUAUGAAAAAGAGAUGGGGCAAUUUUAAACUUUGUCUGAUAUCAAAUAAUUUCCAGCAUUCCUUACAAUUAGAAAAUUAUUAUUUCUAAUUGAUUCACAAUUAAAUAAUCCAUUCUUUAAAAACAAAGAGCAGAUUCAUAGAUCAGCUUAAUGGCAUAAUGAGUAUUUCGGAGUGCUCUCUUUGAAUUAAAGUGUUACUAAUAAUAAUUUCUAAGAGUAAUUAAAUUCUGAGGUCAAUGAUCUCGACUCUAAGGAAGUCAUUUAUCAUAAUAACAAUUUAAAAGAGGUUACUUUGGAAUGCUUUAAAGACUUUUUUUGGCCUAAAAUUAUUCAAGAUAUUGGAACAGCUGAUAGAUAAUACUUUACUAAGUUAGAUCCUACAUUAAUUUGGUCAGAUAUCAUUAAUAUCAUCAAAGGACAGGAAAAUUCAUUUAAAAAUCCAAAUUUUCAUCUUAUUAGAGAGGACUAUUAGAAUUAUUAUCUUAGACUAAGAUGUGAUUAAGAUGGGAACCGUUAAAAAGUAUUUAAUGCAUUUUUGAUAUAUGAAAAAUUAAAAUCUAAAUAUGGCUAUUAUGAUAUACUGGAUCUGAUUAAUCAUAUUAAUUUCUAGUAGGUGUAUUGCCAUGAUAAUAUUGAAUAUAUGCAUUAUAUUAUACUUGAUGAACUUUAAGAUGUCCCCAAAGCCUUAUUAAUAUUACUUAAUAGAAUGACUUAAGUUUAAUUAUUUUUGGCUGGUGACAAUGCUUAAAAUAUUGUUAAAGGAGUUGGAAUUAAAUUCUAAGACAUUGUCAAUUGUCUAGAAAAGGAGAUUUCAUUAAAAUCAUCUAUUAAUUUACCCCAAACCUCGCUAAUCCAAUUAUCAUAUAAUUUCAGAUCUACCAAUUAAAUAUUAUAAUUGGGUAAUACUAUUGUAAAUGCACUUGAAUUGUUCUUUCCAAAAUACCUUGACUUCUUGUAAAAAGAAAAAUCCAAUAAAUAAGGGCCAAAACCCAUAGUAAUUUAAAGUAUCUAGACUCAAGAUCUGUUGAAUUAUCUAUUCAAAGAAUAUUAAAAUAAGUAAAGCAAUGUUGAAUUUGGUUCUAAUUCAGUAAUUAUUGUUAAAGAUCAAGAAUCUAAAUUAAAAAUUCCAAUUGAAUUACAAAAUUUAAUCAUUUUGACAAUUUAUGAAGCAAAAGGCUUAGAAUUUGAUGAUGUAAUUCUAUUUAACUUUUUUGCCGAUGCCUGUGUGGAUGAAAAUGCAUGGAGUUUAUUUCAAACAUUAGAAAUCGUCAAAAUCAGAAAGGACCAGCGUUAGUGGAAUUCUGCAAAAUAAUUAUAGACAGUUUUAAUGCAAAAAAAUAUUAGCAAAAAUGAAGUUGAGUUGACAAAGUUAGAACUUAGAUAAUAUAACCAAAAAAAUAGCAAGUAAAAUAAAAAUCUUUUCAAUUCGAAAAACGUUAAUCUAACACUAUAACAUGAAUUAAAAUAACUAUAUGUCGCUGUAACACGUCCAAAAUAAAGAUUAAUAAUUUUUGAUUAAUCUUAAUAAAAUAGAUAUUAUAUUUAAUAGAUUUGGGAAGAGUUAGAACUUGUGCAAAUAGUUCAUGAAUAAUAAAUCCAAGAGUUCAAAUUUAAAUUAUCCUUUUAAAUUGAUAAUAAAACUAAUUGGAAAAAGUAAGGUUAUAGGAUGUUAAGAUAGAAUAAUUAUGAAUAGGCUUAAAAGUGUUUUAUGUUUGCUAAUGAAAAUGAGUUAGCAAAAAAAUCUUUGGCUUAUAAUUUAGCAACUUAAGCUACUCUUAAUUCAAAUAAUUCAGUAUUAUUCAUUGAAGCAGCUUAGAUCUUUGAAGAAAUCAACCUACCAAAGAGAGCAGCAUCUUGUUACUUUUCAGGGAAAAACUAUGAGAAAGCCUUCAAAAUAUAUUAAUCAAUAGGUUGCAAAGAUGAAAUGGCUGAAUCCGCAUAUUUUUCUGGGCAAUAUUAAAUUGCGGGUCAAAUAUUUUCAGAACUAGGAGAAGUCAGAAGAUCAAUUGAAUGCUUUAAUAAAGAAUAGCUUUGGGAUGUUUCCCUAGAUCAAUUAAAUGGGAAUUAAUUGACUUCUCAGGAGAAACUAAUGUUCUUAAAUAUUAUUGUUCCAAAAUAUUUGAAAAAAAUAACUGAGGAUAUUGAAAAAGAAGAAAUGUUGGAAUAACAAAAAGAAUAAAUAAAUAAUCCUCAUGAUGAAACUGAUAGCUUUGAAGUUGAUGCUUCGCUUCUUAAUCAAAGCUAGAUGACAUAAAAAGAUGAAAUUAACGUUCUUGAAGAUUCUUAAUCUUUUUAAGUUGUAAAGGAUGACUCCCUAGAUCAUUUAUCGAUUUUUGAUCCAGAUGAUGAAUGGAUAAAACCAGAGAAUAAGUCUCUAAUUAAAUCAAUUGCAUCCUCGAGUAUAGAAUCAUAAUUUUCAAAUGUUUUAUUGAUGAAUUAACCUUCAAUUACUCCACUUCUGAAAUCAAGACUGAAUAUUUUCAUGAAAAACAAUGUAAUGUUGAAAUUAGCUGAAAGAUUUUAGUAGUUUAAGGAUGAAUUCAAAAUUCUCUUAGAAAAUCAAAAAAGCUAGUGUGCAUUACUCUCAUUUAGAAAUUAAGAUGAAAAGGAAUUAGAUCAUAUGAUUAACUUUUUGUAUGAAUUAGAGAAUUUUGAUAUAGAAGCUGUAUACUUUGUUUUAGAUGUUUUGGAACAGUUUAAAAGUUAUAAACUCUGUAUUUAUGUUUGUAAUCAGUUCAAAUUAUCCUCCCAUCUAGGAAGAUACUUAGUAUCUUUGGCAUCCUAAUACACACCUAUGACCAAAAACAAUUUCAAAUUAGAAAAUUGGAUUGUUGGCAACAAUCUGAAAAGAAAACGUUUAUUAGAUUAAGCAAUGCUAGCUUAAAUGGCUUUCAAUAAUAUUUUAGAAUCAAUUAAUCCAAUUUAUUUAAAAUUUAAAUACGAAGAGCAACUUCACUCUUUCAACAGUUUUGGAUUAGAAUGUUAUAAAUCAUUAAUAGGCUUAGGCUAUUGGAGAACAAUAAUCCAUUAGUUGAAUUAUGAGAAUGCAGUUCAAUUGUGUUAAUCAUUUAAUAAUUAUCAGGAUUUGGUAAUCUUAAUUGAAAAAGUUAAAGAUGAAAGAUAAAACAAAUAGCUGACAGACGAAGAAAAGCAUUAAUUGAUUAGAUACAACUAUUUCAUUUAAGUAGAAUAAUAUUUCAUAUCGAAUUAAUCUAAUAAGAUCGACAUUGAUUAAUCAUUUGAAAUUACCAUUUAGUGCUCCUCCAAAAGAAUAUUAACUAAAGACAAUAUUGUUCAAUUAGUGAAAAACUCUAAAUUACGUGUAGAAAAUCUGACUUAUGAAGAGAAACUCAAACAAUUGGAAUCAAUUAUAUUAUGUAUGCUCUGUAGUAUGGGUGUGAUCAAAUUUGAAAUAGAUUAAUAAUGUAGCCUAAUUAUUGAUUUAAUAGAGCAAUAAUAAUAUUGCUUAAAUCAAUUGGCCUUUGUUAAUAAAAACCAAAACAUUAAUGAAGCACUCUAAUUCUUAUUCAAAUUCUCUUUUCCCACUGGAGGUUUAAUGAUGGAUUUUUCUUAAUAUUGUAUUAUUCACAUAACUUCAAAAUUACUAAAAAAUGUUAAUGAAUAAAUGAUUUUUAUUGAUAUAGCUUAUGAGUACAUUGCAAUCCCUUUUGAAGCAUUAGGUAAAAUUAUUAAAACAUACUUGUGUAAUUUAAAACCAGUUGUCACAUUAACUUAAGCAUUAGAUAAUUAAUAAGGUUAAUAAGAAACGAAACACAUAUUAAAAUUUUUAAAAUAAAGGCUUCAGUAUUAAUAUGAGAAUAUUCUUCUGCGUCUAACUUUUCCAAUUAAUGAUCAAAUCGAUUAUUAUUCAAAAAUCGCGUAUGGCAGUAGAUAGAAGAGUAUCGCAAAUUCAAUUGAUGAUCAUAAGACUUCAAUUUUGAAUUUUAUCAAGUCUGAUGAAAUGAGAACAGCUCACAAAUGGCUAUUAUAAUAGAAUUGCAGAAUCAAUAAAAUGAAUAAACAACUUAAAUAUUAUUUAAAUAAUGAAAGUAUAAUAUUAUUCGAACAAGGCUUAAAAAAUUAAGAUUAGAAACAUGGUUAUAUCAUUUUAGCAUUAAACUUAUUACACCUAUAAGAUAAUUUACCAUUUGCAAUAUUUACAAUAUAGAACUUGAAAAAUAAAUAAGAUUAAUAAUAUUAUUUAAAAUAUUUAGAAUUUUUAGAGUGCUAAAAUUUUGAUAUUAUUGAAGAUUCAUUUGAAUGCUUUCUGGAAUAUAGUUAGUAUUUUGAACAAAAAAUGUACCUAGAUGAAUGGAUGAAUCACUUGACUCGAAUUGGCAUAAAAUUACUUUUGGCUCAACAAGGAAUAUCAAAAGUUUUAAUUCCUUAAAAAUAUUAAGAUAUUAUAUCGUAUCAAUAACAUAUUGAUUAACCCCUUUUUAAGAUAUCUAGACCUGAAAUAGUAUUAGAAUUCAUAGAAUAACUUUUGUAUUAUAUAGAAGCAUGUAACUCAGAGCAUUAUGAACAUCUAUGCAAUUUGCUUUUAAUAGUUUUUAUGGUAAAUUUGCAGAACCUACAUGAUUAAAUUAAAGAAAGACUAAUGGAAAUUUUCAGUAACAAUACUAUAUAUCAAUAUUAUAAAAGGUUACAUCAAUGUUUAAAUUAGAAGAAUCCUAAUUUAUAAUAAGAAUUGAUCGAUAAAAUGAAUGUCUUAAUAAUAAAAGGUUAUUUUGAAGAAUAGCUUAUUACAAUUUAAAUUAAAUAAAGUACUCACAACUUAAACUCUUAAAAAGUUUACUAAGAUUGUUUAAAUAAAUGGGAAGGCUACUUUGUAGAAGCAUAGUAAAUAGAAAAGAACGGAAUAAAUUUAUUAAAGAAAUGGAGAUAAUUUAAAUCUAAUCACUAAAAUAAUAUGAAUGUAUUCAAAAAUAAAUUAUCACCCUUCGUAAUACGAUUUUAUUAAUUCCAUAAGCUUUAAUUAAGGGAUAUGUAAUCAUAAAAAAAGGCUAUUGAACACUAAAGUCAUAUAGUGAAGAUAUAUAAUUUUUAAGAGGAGCUGUUGAAAUUGAGAUAAAAAAUGUUAAGAGGAGCUGAUCUUUAAUUUGUGAAUUUGAUUCUAAAUAACUCCACAAAUUUACUAAAAGAAAUAAUGAAUGGGAAUCUUCAAGCUGAUCAUUUUGAGGAGCUAAAAUAAAAAUAUUAUAAUUGGAAAUGUAGUUUUUCCACACUUGAAAAAAAUGAAUAGGAACUCCUAGAAAGAAACAGAUAAAUUCUCAAAUUGAAAUGGUAGAAACUGUAAGCAGGAGUCAAAGUACAAAAUAUGUUUGACUCUCAUUGCAUUAAAACUGUAGAAGAGCAUAUAGAUGAAGAAUCUCAAGAUUGA